AUCAUCGUUUAUACCAUGGGAUUUCUCAGUGCUGGAGGAGCUUUCAUUAACCAGCUGGGGCUCAGCCCAUGGCUGGUUUAUUCUGUAGCUGGCUUUGUCUUCUAUCUUGUACUGUGCUCUUCUUUGCGGUUCCAGAGACUGAACUCGAUGCGCCGGCGCUUCAACUACCCAGAUCGUGAAUCAUUGUCCCGUAUGACGAACGAAGAUGCACAAAAGAUUGUCCACACUGUUAGCGUCUAUGAGUUUCCCCUCCUUUACGACCUGGCCCUUAAAUACGCGAUUUUCAAGUCUUACGCCAUUGAUCAAAUCGGUAAUCUCUUAAACAGAGUCAGUGAUCUUUCUCGACCCACGGAAGCUUCUAAACGAUAUGAUGAUACUUCUGUGUUACUUACCAGCUACGUCACUUUUGCCCCAGGGUCGGACACCCUAGCACACAGUAUUGCUCGGACAAACUUCAUGCACAAUCCGUACUUGCAGUCUGGUAAGAUUAAGAAUGAAGACAUGUUGUACGUCCUCUUUGACAACAUGUAUGAGCCGGUGCGCUUCAUGAAACUCUAUGAGUGGCGAGAGCUGUCGGAUAUGGAGGUAGCAGCCUUCGCUACCGUGUGGAGGUACCUUGGCGACAUGUUGGAAAUUGACUUCAAAGCCGAGCUAGGAAAAGACGAGUGGAAGGAUGGUAUUGAAUUCUUCGACGACAUGGUCAUCUGGGCCAAGGACUUCCAAAUGAAGCACUUGGAGCCCUCACCAAGUAUCACUAAUCUUGGUGAAACAUUGAGAGAUUUGCUCUUGUCGGCUUAUCCUGAGUUCAUGCGAGGACCUAUGAACAAAAUCCUCAUGGUCCUCGUGGGCGAGCGCCUGCGCAAUGUCUUUGGUUUUGAUGAACCCGGAAUGCUGGAGUCAUCCUUUACAUACACUUUCCUACUUGUACGAAAAUUUGUCUUACGCUAUCUCACUCUGCCUCGCAUAUUCCCCGAGCAAUACAUCAGCCAGCCUGACGCGGUGACGGGGCGUAUUCAGCACUAUAAGUGGCUCAAGGAUCCUUGGUAUACGCCUGCUACUUUCUGGUCUCGCUGGGGUCCCGAAGCUUGGUUCCGGCGCGCAUUCGGCCUCAAAAUUGCUGGAGAUGGCGGGGACGUGAUGAGACCAGGCGGCUUUUUGUUCGAGGAUAUCGGGCCUCGCAACAAGAUGGGUAAAGGAGUGGAGGAGACUGCUCAUCUAGCAAGAAUUGCUCAUACAAGAGUGGCUGCUGGAGGCUGUCCUUUUGCGCUACCAAGGAAGUCUUGAGCCAGUUCGUGAGAAACCUGGCUGUUUUGUCAUUUCAUCUAGACUAAACUCAUGGAAAGUCAACAUCGCAGGCGAACUCUUUGCUUGCAUAUCCCUAGGUGGGAAUGACAGGCAUAGUAUGCAAUUGAUCAAAUAAAUAGAGAAGAAAUAAUAUACUCUUUCUUAUCUCA